AUGAAAUCCAACAACCCAAGGUACUUGUUUGUGUUCUUUUUGAAGAAUGAAAUGUUGACCUUAAGCCCCGAAUCCAUUAUCUCUCCAAUGAGAAUCAAUACGCGACUAGAGAUCAAAAUUGACAAAUACACUGACGAAAAUGACUUCACUGUAACCAACACCUUGUUUUUUUGGAAUUAUCGAGGCAUCAAGUGAAGUGUGCUUGUGAGAUUGCCUCGCACUGCCGUCGGAGCUCAUUCCUGUUUCUUUGGCGAGAAAUCCCCUCGGAGUAUUGCCAAUCAGGGUUACUCUCCCUCCCCACACACCCCCCCUUCCCCUCCCCUCCUCUACUUUUCGUUACGUUUCCCGGGUAACUUACCUUCCAGAGAUAGUUACCACCAGAACUAUAUGUCCAGCUUAUGACCAAAACACAUUGACACGGCCAGCACUUGAGCCCUGACUCACUGAAUUUCAUCGCCCUGAGCAUAAAGCUACCGGUUCUUUACAUCGUUUGGAAUUUAUUCGCUAAAGCAAAACGAAUUCUGACAUUGACGAGUUUUAUUUCUGUUCAUAUCUCCAAGUUUUUUUUUAUAUAUCGUUGUGCAAAUAUUUUCUUCGCAGGUUUGUUCUUAGAAAUUACAUCGCCCAAAGAGCUAUAGAGGCCGCAGAAAAUGGAGACUUUUCUUUGGUAAGAGCAGUGAAACCAGUAGAACCCGUCAAACAUUUUUAAUCUUGAAAACCGUUGCAUACUUAUUUGCAGGUUUAUUUCGGUAAAAUUUCCCCACAGCCCCAUGCUACAUUAUGUAUUCAGUUCUUGGAUAGAGAAAACAAUGACAAAAACAAUACAUUGCUAUUGUAAAAACAGAUUUGUUUUACAAUAGUGUAGGGCUGUGCAAAAAUUUUACCUUUAUUUUCAUCCAGCACGAUCGAAAGAGAUUAUGACCAACAGGGAAAUAGGAAGUCAUUUGGUUUUAUUCCUUUCUUUACUUUGGCGGGCAAAGAGAAUACACAUGAGUCAAAGACGCUUGUUAGAAGAAACUCGUCGGCGCAAAAUUUUCCCGAGAUUCUGUGCAAAAUUAUUUGAGAAGUGUCCUUGUUGGAUAAUUUGGUAUUAUUUACUGAGUUGAUAACGUAAAUUGGCCACCGCAAAGAGUUUCCAAAGACGACGUUUCGAGCGUUAGCCCUUCGUCAGAGCUAAUGGGUCAUAUACACAGACAAAAAUUUUUUCCUGACAUUUUCCUUUGUCGUAUUUAAACACGGAGACUCGUUUGUCAUCUUUUGGAAAGGGAUUCUUUUAGUACUAAUUUUCCAUCUACGAUGCAAGGGAAACUUUCCGAAGGGAAUACUUGCAAGCACUGACUUGUAUGUGGUUUAAGAUGCACUCAUCGGCAGAAAUAUUGGACAAGAUGGCGGCCGCGCUUGCGCAUUUCGUCCAUUAUGGCGUCCAAAUAAUAUAAGAAACUGUAUGGAAAUUUGUGAAAAUUUCUAAAAUAUAACAAUCAGGAGCUCAUGGUCCCGUCUGCUCUCGAUCGAGACAUAUUCAGUACUGAUUAUGCUAUUCAUCAAACCUCACAGGGACUCGAUAAAUAAAAACCACUUACUUCCCGAGCCAGUUCUUUUGUCACUGAUCAUUGACCUAGGUCGCCAUACAGUUCUUCAAAAUCCGUCGUUCUCCAUCCCAAACACUCGCCUAUUACAGGAAAGUGCAUCAAUAAAGUCAAUUGCUCUCGAUCGAAUUGACUGCUACAGAGUUCGAAGCGUCCAAAUAUCCUGUAAAAUUGCCAUUUCCUCUCAUCAAAAAACUUCCCAACGCGCCAGAAUAUCCCUUAUUUUCCAUGUUGAGUAAGUGACGAGACGCCAUGUUGAAAACUAUGACUGAAAUAGUUAAACACGAGCAACGCUGACCUUCGAAUCGUCGGCCAUAUUUGUUUAUGUUCUUGCAGGGAAAUAAAUUAGUUCUCAGGUUCUUUUCGGAAUAAAAAUAUACCAGGCAUUUAAUGCAAAUUUAGUAGUCUUAGCGCGAAAAUUAAAUUAAAGCAAAUCAAAAUUCUGACAUCAUGUCAUCGCUCUGCCUCGAAAAAUCCCAAAAAUUUACUUGCAGGUCUUCUUUUCUUUUUCUUUUCAUCAAAUAGAGGAUCUGCGGUGCUCAAAUUGUAUAAGUCAUGGUACGAAACACUCUUCUUUGCAGAUCGAGCCGUGAUCGCCACCAUAUUGAAUUCUCUUGAUAUUCUAUUGUUCCGGAGUGUAAUACGAUAUACCGCUGAUAAUUGUUAGCGGGCUCGAAAUGUCCUUAAUUUCUGGGGAUGGAUAACAUUUAACAUUUCCUUCUCCUGUUCUUUUGCAGGUUCAAACUAUUCUGAAACGCUUGAAAACACCUUACAGAGACGGUGUGGAAUUUGACGAAGCUACGUUCUACGUAGCAGCGAGUACUAAUUCCACCUUGUCUUGUAAUAAUGAGAAAACGAGGCUGUUCAACGCUCAGGAUACAAGGAAAACUAACCUUGAUAUAUUACCUGAUGAUGCGUUUAAUAUGCGGCUAUCGUUAUCUUCUUAA